ACGGAGCCGCGCAGCGCCGCGGCCGCCGCUCCUCCGCCGCCUCCGCGAGCACCGGCGCUGGACGAGCCGCUGCAGGCAGCCAGGGCUGCAGGAGUAGGACUAUGUCCACCAUGGUGUACCCAAGGGAGGAGAAACUGGACAAGCUGAGCCAAGAGGAGAUAAUUUCCAACACCAAGCUGGUAAUGCAAGGGCUGGAAGCUCUCAAGAAUGAACACAACUCCAUCCUGCACAGCUUACUGGAGACCAUCAAGUGCCUGAAGAAGGAUGAAGAAGCCAAUCUCGUGCAUGAGAAAUCCAACCUGCUCCGCAAGUCAGUGGAGAUGAUAGAACUGGGGCUUGGAGAAGCUCAGGUGAUGAUGGCAUUGUCCAACCAUCUGAAUGCCGUGGAGUCAGAGAAGCAGAAGCUGCGUGCUCAGGUGCGCAGACUGUGCCAGGAGAACCAGUGGCUGCGUGAUGAGCUCGCCAACACCCAGCAGAAGCUGCAGCGUAGUGAACAGACAGUGGCUCAGCUGGAGGAGGAGAAGAAACACCUUGAGUUCAUGAACCAGCUGAAGAAGUACGAUGAGGAUGUCUCGCCUUCGGAGGAGAAGGAGGGUGACUCCACCAAGGACUCUCUGGAUGACCUAUUCCCAAAUGAGGAGGAGGAGCAUGGUCCUGGAUUGCCCCACCAGCACAGCAGUGCUGUGGCAGCUGCCCAGCAGGGAGGUUAUGAGAUUCCUGCACGCUUGCGCACCCUCCACAACCUUGUCAUCCAGUACGCCUCCCAGGGACGCUACGAGGUGGCUGUGCCACUCUGCAAGCAGGCACUGGAGGACCUGGAAAAGACAUCAGGCCAUGAUCACCCUGAUGUGGCUACCAUGCUCAACAUUCUAGCACUAGUGUACAGGGAUCAGAACAAAUACAAAGAAGCAGCACACCUCUUGAAUGAUGCUCUUUCCAUCCGUGAGAAGACUCUAGGCAAAGACCACCCCGCGGUGGCAGCGACUUUGAACAAUUUGGCUGUUCUCUAUGGCAAGAGAGGGAAGUACAAAGAAGCAGAGCCACUGUGUAAGCGAGCCCUGGAGAUCCGUGAGAAGGUUCUAGGCAAAGACCAUCCUGAUGUGGCCAAGCAGCUGAACAACCUAGCCCUGUUGUGCCAGAACCAGGGCAAGUAUGAUGAGGUGGAGUACUAUUACUGCCGGGCCCUGGAGAUCUACGAGAGCUGCCUGGGUCCUGAUGACCCCAAUGUGGCCAAGACCAAGAACAACCUGGCUUCCUGUUACCUGAAGCAAGGCAAAUACAAAGAUGCAGAGGUGCUGUAUAAGGAGAUCCUUACCCGUGCUCAUGUGAAGGAGUUCGGCUCCGUGGAUGAUGAACACAAGCCAAUCUGGAUGCAUGCAGAGGAGAGAGAGGAGAUGAGCAAGAGCAAGCACAGAGACAGCGCUCCCUAUGCUGAGUAUGGUGGCUGGUACAAGGCCUGUAAGGUUAGCAGCCCAACUGUGAACACCACUCUGAGGAACCUGGGUGCGCUGUACCGGCGCCAGGGCAAGCUGGAGGCAGCCGAGACCUUGGAGGAGUGUGCGGUUCGCUCCCGGCGACAGGGCAUUGACCCAAUCAACCAGACGAAGGUGGUGGAGAUCCUGAAGGAGGGGGAUGGCACAGAGAGACAUCGGAGCCUGGGGGGCAGCGUCAAGUACGAGAAUGCCACAGACGGUAGCGAGGAAGCUUAAAUGCCUCCCGAGACUCCCUUUCCCCUCCACCGCAGUCACCUGGAUGUUUGUGUUGUAUCUUCCGACUUUUCCUCCACACCAUCCCUCCUUCCUCGGCGAGAGCUCCACGCCAGUCCCCCAACCCUCCUGGCGCGCGAGGGCACCGCGACGCCUGCAGAGGAGUGCCUGGCCACAUGGCCCAGCUCCAGUCCCGUGGCCAGCAAGAGCAGGAAGAAUCUGCGAGGAGCUGCCAGCUCCCCCAGGCCAGGGUGAUGAGCCACCAUCCCCUUGCAUGCCCCCACCCCUGGCCUGCCCUUGCACAUCCCUGGGGCCUGGGCCUGCAGGGGAUUGUCUUCACUCCAGGCUUACAGACUCCAUUGUCAGUAGACAUCCUCAGCCCUCCUAGCUUGUUCCCUCCAUCUCUACAGAGGCUCGAAGAUGGAGGGCUGUUAUGGGUCAGUGAGGCCUGGCCUAGGCAGGGCUGUCAUGUGCCCAGUUGCUUUCUUCCCUGUAGGCUUAGCUGAUAUUAGUGCCUUGUAGCAAACCUGUGCUGGCUCCCAGUGGGAUGGGCUCUCCCUGCAGCACGGGGUAGUCCCCAUCUUGCUCCCCUCCUCCCUGCUGAGCUCUGUAACCCAGGAGCAGUGUGUGGGUCUCUCUGCAGGGGCACAGGAGUCUAGGACAGUCCAUAGAGCUACUGUACAUCCAAGAUGAGGUGAGGGGGCAACAGCCAAGGACUGUGUACAGGAGCUGGCCAGCACAAGCAUGUUUGGCUGUGACUUCCUGACUGGAUGCUAUAGCCAGGUUCCUCAUCUGGCAUCAAGGGGUGAAUUAGCCCCCCAUUGCUACAGGGUUCUGAAGUGUGGCUGGUGGGAGAAGUGGGGGUGAAGUUGUUUGCUGUUCCUUGAAAGCAGAUGAGGGAUAGGAGGAGAUAGGAGGAGAGUUUUUUUGCGAGACCCCAGACCGUUAGAAGUGGCUGAGAUGGGGAAUGGCCUGGAUUGGAGCAGAGUGGUUGGGAGAAAAAGAAGGUACAAAGACAGAUGUAAGGAAGCAAAGGGCUAGGGCUGGAGGUGUUCUGAGCAGGUGGGAGCAGAUGGGAUGGCUGGAGAGACGUUGCUGCAGGGGUAGGGGCUGGAUUGCUCUCAGUUCUGUGGGGCUGAUUGCAGUUUGGCUGUCCCUAGCCAAGUGGGUGGGAAAUGUGUAACCCUGUUACCAACAGGGUCACAGUGCUGACCAUGAGUGGGUGUGGGAGUGGCUCAGUGCCUCUGAUGGCUUCAGGCCUUCACAGGGUCUGGUGCUGUUAGUCAUUACUGGGAUAUGGAAUGUGUCCCAGGGCCAGACCUCCACUGUCUUGGGUCUCACAUCCUUGAGUGUACACUGUCACCCUGCCUCCUAUAGGAGGGGAACCUCCCUGGCUCUCAUAUCUGGCAAGAAAGCUGGGAAGGCUGUAGGCAGCUAGAUAGAGCCCAGGGGCCAGCACAGGACUCCUCCUUAUUUAUUUAGCUAGAUCCUUUCUUUAUGCUAGUUAGCUGGCAGGUUGUGAUACUAAAUGUGCUUAUGUCUGUCUGGGCCUGGCUUUCCUGUGGUGGUGCAGAGCCUUGGGGUAUAUGCAUGCUGCUCUCCUGGGAGCUUGUGCUUACUGAAAGGAAGCUUGUCCCAGGAUCAUGGGGUGUGGAUCCCAGGGCUGAGUGCUGCAGGGCUGUACCUUCCCUGCCUCCAUGCUUCUGGAAAGUGGUGAGUUCCCGGUGCAGGGUGUGUUUGGACCUCAGGGCCACCUGCCCCUGUGCUUUGCCAUGUCCUGGACCUGGUGCUGUAACAACCAUACCUCUAAUUAAAGGUAGACUGACCCAAAUUGCUGCCCUGUGCUUCUUUCCAUGCUCUAUAGGCCAGCGUCGGUCAGCCCCGGGGCGGUGGGUGCAAAUGCUGCUGGAGCAGGUUUGGGGGUGCUUGGUGUCUGUCUGUGUGUGUACAGGGGCAUGUGCUGCCCCCAGGGCACCUCUUCCAGGCUGAGCAUUGGAGAUGAAGGACCCAGCUCCACUGUGCUUUUCCCUGUCCUCCAAAUUGGAGUUGCUAGCAGCAACCUCAGCUCUGUAACCAUGUGUGGCAGGGCAGUCCUGGGGCAACUGAGCUUGGACCUUCCCCAAACAGGCAUUUCUGUUUAGCCAAAGAAAUACCCCAUUGUGUCCCUCAGUGCUGAGUUCUACAUGCUGCCAAAUCCUGCCCAAGUCCUCUGCCUCCAUGCAUUAGGCAGGGUUGGGAGCAUGCAGUGGAGAGGAGCUCAGUGGUGGAGCUGCUUGGUUUUUUUUUUUUGAAUGCUCUCAUCCUGGUGGGUGCAAUGGGGUGGGGGCUCUGCGGCAAACCAAACCCAUAAAUGUUCUGGGUUAAAAAUAACCCGUCAGAAAACGGAGUGGGGGGAGAAGAGAGGCUAUUUUUAACCCAGCAUGCAGCAGCAUUUGGUUCUGGUGUUGGUCUGCAGUCAGUCUGCAUCACGGCAGCUGGGAAAAUGUGGCUCCAUCCUCCAGCCCUGAUAUAUAAGAGCAUACUUCCUGGCCUGAUCCUGCUGCCCUUGUACCAUGGUCCUGCUCCCCUGUCCCAGCUGUGUUCCCUCUUCCACCCCUGGUUUAUGUGCCCUGGGAAAAGCAACAGUGCCUGGUAUAGCAGUACCUUGCAGGGAGAUUGGUGACCCAGUUUAAGUCUGGUGGGGAGGCAAAAGACACCUCUGCAUCUUUGCUAUUGCUUCACACUUGAUGUUCAGCUAAUCCAAAACCUGCCUGGGAUGCCUCAUGCAGAAAUUGAAUUGUUUACUUUGCUGCUUUGGGUGCUCUCUGCAUUUCUGGUGAGUGGGUCCCUUUGCAGCAGCAACACAUGGCUCUCAACUUGGAAGACCCUCAUCCCAGUGAGAAUGUGAAGAGGUUCAAUGCACUUGUUUUAUCCAAGAAGGGAUGAGAUGAACACCAGGAGAAGGGUUUGCUGGUAGGAAGAAUCCUGGUCAGCUGUUAGACAACAAUCUAGGGCUGGAUCAGCUUUGGGUAAUCAGAGCAGAGGAGUGCUGGAAAAGCCUUCCCCAAGGGCCACAAUCUGUAAUGGUCAGCACAAGGGGGGUGAGUGGCCUAAGGCAGAGACCCUGCCUACCUGCAGAGCUGCUUGGGCAGUGCUGAGGUAAUUGCUGCUGCUAGCCUGAGACACAAGGCAUUCUGGUCAUUUGGAGUGCUUCAAAGGGGCUCCCUCACAUCUUUGUAAGGAGUAAAAGGGCUUUUGCCGUCACUUUACCUGUUUCUUCUGCCCCAGUGUUCCAGGGGCCAUUCAAAGCAGGAGCAGGGAAGACUGGUGUUAUCAGGCCAGCGGAGCAAAAGUAAUUCCACAUCAGCAGUGGUGUCACAAGCAGGCCAGGCCACAGGAGAACAGCUUGGUGGCAUGAUGACACGGUGGCAUGGUGUGGUGUCAUGCUGGCAAUUCGUGCCUUGCAUGCAUGUGGAGCAAAGUGCAGGAGGUGGACUGGAGCCUGUCAAGGGCUGAGAGUACCUCACUGAGUACUGGGGACUUUGGAGCAUGUGGGAGGAAACAGGCUGAGCAACAAGAUUUCAGGCUGGUUUUGGUCUUCUGACAAAGCAGGCAGACAUAAAAAGCCCCCUGUAAAGUGCCACCCCUAGGGUAGCUAGUGGGGCUGCAUGCAGCUAAAGUUGGGAGGCCUAGGAGUGAAGUGGUGCUUGCUUGGCAACACAGUGCUGGUGCAGCCAAAUGAAUCCAUCCCCAGUGGAGCUGCCUGAAUUGCUCCAAAGGCUAAAGCUAAUUGUCUUGGGGCUGUUAGAGUUGGGACAAGGCUGUGUGUGCAAUGUGAAAUGAUCUUGUGUGAUGU